AUGAGCUUCGAUAACCCCUCCUCCUUCGCGCAGUGGCAGUCCUCUAUUGCUUCGUCUUCGGAUAAACAAACUCAGCCCAGACAGCCUAAGCCAGCCCAGUCGCCUUGGGGACAGAUUCCAUCCAACGCCAGCAGCAGGCGUGGUCUCACCCCCCUUGCGACCUCGAAUUUGACGUCGAAUACAUCUGCAGGAACGCGCAGAGAACAAAAACUCGGAGAUUCCGAUCUCUACACAUCUUCGGUCUCUCCAUCUCUUGGCAAUUUUCCUCCCCUGCUCGCCAGCUCGCAAUCUCGCUUUGGUUCACGGCGAGGUACACCACCUGGAUCGUCGCAUUCAAACUCCCCUGUUCCCGCACUUCAAGCUGGCGCUCCUCAAUCGCAAGGGUUUCAACAUCGGUCCGUCACAUCCCCCAGAUCAAGAACACUCACUCCCUCGCAGCCGUCAGCCUCAGGUGCUGCUGGUACAUUCUCCUCGCAGCCAGGCCCGGGGGCCGGUGGUGGAGGAGCCUACAGCAGGAGUGGUGCAUAUUCUCCUUCUUUGACAGGACCCGGUAUCAGCUCCCCAUCGAGCCUGAACUUCGAGCGAUCUCCUAGUAUAUCCUCCAACCUUAGUGCGGCGCCGACCGGCCCCUCCUCGCUCUCGAAGAUUUCUGCGACUCAGAUACUCCUUCUCCUCGAUACUAUCAACGAAAGAGAGGGCAAAGCGAAGUGGGAUAGCAAAGCAGAGAAGAUCAGAAAUCUUCUCGAUUCGAACGGCAUGGAGGUCUUUGCUCAGUUUUUCAGACGCACAGUCAUACUGAACGCUGCUGCUAUCUUCUCUGGCGCGAAAGACUUCGAUCAGGGAAGCUACAAGCUGCUGCGGCAGGAGUUGGAUAAAGUGCUUUGGGACCCAGAACAGGCGUACAAGAUUGCAGAGGCUAUUGACACGUCGAAGGAAGACUUUUUCCGUGACUUCGACCUGGUGACUUUCUUGCAGCACUUUUUCGUCGACACAUUGCCCCAGGUCAUUAUCGCCAUUGCGUUCACAAAAUGUGCCCGUGUCGACCUCAGAACUAAGGCCGAGAACUUCCUGGCAGGAUUUGGUCAAACUUCUCUGCGUACUCUUGCAGACAGCCGUGGCAAUCCGCAGGCAUAUUCCGCCGAAAAUGUCUGCGCGGUCAUCGAAUACUAUGCUUUGGCUGCCGAGACAACAUCACAGCAACAAAAGAUCGACCUUUGGACGGCGCUAUCCACGCGAUAUGCGUCUGUAAAGCCUGAACAGUUCUCAGCUGUGUUGACAUCCUCCCAACUCCUGCGGAUCACGAGCGAAGCACGUCAGAUAGCACGUGGGCUCCAACGUCAUGGGCCUAGAGCUACCGCAUCAAAGCAGGCCGCACAGGAUUUCUUAGGCUCUUUCGAUCCGGCAACGAUCACCGAGCUGGAAAUAGCGAAUGCUUUGUUAUUCCUCCUGUUUUCCUACAACCAGCAGUAUGAUCUGGCAAGCUUCGUUGCUGCAGCGCAGACAAAGCAGCUGGACUGGAAUGUGAUGAUCAUGGGAUUCGACAUUGCCGACUUGCGGCUACGGCGGAACAUGUUCCCGAGACUUUUCAAUGCGCUCCUGCCAGUUGCUUUGGAGCAGCCACAAUUCGACAUCCAGAAGCUGUGGGGUGGCCACUGGAAUAACCCAGACACACAGAUAUCAUUUCUUGGUGGCUUCCUAUCCAGUUCCCCGAAAGAGGUGCAGGUUUCCAGAAUCCCCGGCUUCAAGCCCAGUUUGUCAUUGGAUGAAUUUCCCAAACUUUCCGCCGACAUGAGGAGGCAACUCGAGGUCGAACUUGAAGGCCCUUACGGGUCCGCCGAGGCCUGCGACACGAUUUUUCGGGUUGUGUUAGCACCGGGCCCGACGCCUGACGGCGAAGAUCGUCUCGAUAUCUUGCACGAUGUUUACCAGAACCAUGCCGCCAUCUUCCUAUUGUUCCUCUCUCGCAUCAACGCCAAGCCCUGGUGCGCAGACCAAGAGAAGUUUAUCGCCGAAUGCUUCAGCCUGUUUCUCGAGAAGCAACGAUCAGACUAUCGUAUGGUCCUGGAAACGCUCGCAGCCCACAAUCACCAGUUUCUGUUCGACCUCUGCCAUCUGGUUUUCCAGCUUGACCCACGGCAAACAGAAGUGGUGUAUGAGCGUGCCGAGGAAUUUGGCUGGACUGAUGACUUCCUCAAACACUGGUCCAACCCGCUCGCUCUUGACAUCGCCUGCAUUCGGCACAAGGUUCAACCAGGAUUCGACUUGGACAAAUACAUCUCUGAAGCAGGAGACGGACAGUCAAACCUGGGCAUGAUUCUCUGCAAAUAUUUGCGCAUCAAGGCCGAUGACGAAUUCCGUGUCCAGCGCGGAGAAUCAGCCCCACAGUCCGUACCGCUUAGUCUGCGGACUGUACAUACACUUCUUGAGAAACUCGAAGACCACCUCGACAACCGUGAGCUUGUCGAGGCUGCACAAACUACUUGCUUACAAACGUACCCACGAUUGAUGAAUUACGGUGCCGGAUUCGACGAUAUUCUGGAAAAGAGCAGUGAGGAAAAAGGGAACAAGCUUCCCGAAGCCAUCGACAAGCAGAUGUCCGAAUUGUUUGGACGGAUGUACCGGUCGGAACUUUCGAUUCGCGAUAUGAUCAAUGAAAUGCGGAAGUAUAAGACCUCACGCGACCCGGACCAACAGGAUCUCUUUUGCUGCAUUGUCCAUGGCCUUUUUGACGAAUAUGUGUGUUACAACGAAUAUCCAGAGGAUGCCUUGGAGAAGACAGCUCUUCUUUUUGGCAGUGUCAUCAAGUACAAGCUAUUGCCCUCUAUUCCACGCGACUUCGGCCUGGCCCUCAUACUCCGUGCCGUUCGUGAGAAUGAACCAGAUAGCCUCAUGCAUCGCUUCGGCGUUGAGGCAUUGCUUCAGAUUAGCGAUCAACUAGCCGAAUGGCCCGGAUUGUGCAGCUUGUUGUUGCAAGAGCCUUCUCUUCAGCACCCAGAGAUUUUACAGCGCGCGGAGGAAGGGCUCCGUGCUCAGCAAGCUGCCGGUAAUGGCCUCGGCACCAAUGGCAUCGGGACGUCCCACGGAGUAAACGUUGAGGAGCACGCAAAGGUUGAUGCAGGUCGUGGAUUUAGGGCUUUACAUGCCGACCCGCCUCCUGCCGGUGCCCACUUCAGAGAUCCUGAUCAGAAGGUGCAAGAGAAAAUCCUGUUUGUCAUCAACAACCUCUCAAAGGACAACAUGUCCAGCAAACUGGCCGAUCUGAAAGAGUCUCUCAGUCCGGAGCAUUAUCAGUGGUUCGCUUCAUACCUGGUAGAACAACGGGCAAGACUGGAGCCAAACAACCAGGAAAUGUACUUUCAGCUCAUCAGCACGCUGAAUGACAAUCUUCUCAUGUCAGAGAUUAUCCGAGAGACGUACGUCAGUAUUGUCAAGAUGAUGAGUGCUGAUUCGACCGUCAAAUCUGCCACCGAGAGAAGCCAUCUCAAGAACCUUGGUGGUUGGCUUGGAUCCCUGACGCUGGCGCAAGACAAGCCAAUCAGACACAGGAACAUCUACUUCGUGGAUUUGCUCGUGGAGGGUUACGAAACUCAGAGACUGAUAAUCGUCAUUCCUUUCACCUGCAAGGUCCUCGCCCAAGGCGCGAAUUCCAUGGUGUUCAAACCUCCGAACCCCUGGUUGAUGGAGAUCAUCCAUGUUUUGGUGGAGCUGUACCAUUUCGCCGAGCUUAAGCUCAACCUGAAAUUCGAGAUUGAAGUCCUUUGUAAGGACCUCAAACUCGACUUCAAAAAGCUCGAGCCUGCAACUCUCAUUCGCGAUCGGCCCCAAACGGACGACGAAUUGACAAAUGUCUCAGCACUCCCAGAUGGGCUGGAGAAUUUCGACGACUUGUCUCUCAAUGGUGCAAUAACCCGAGGGGUUCGCGAGCGUCUUACAGCUCCAGAAAUCAUGGCAACGUUGCCCAACCUGGAAGAGGUGCUCAAAUAUCCUCCUGCAUCAGGCUCGCCAGCCGAACAAGCCAUGGUUAAGAACAUCAUCUAUUGCGCGUUUGAUCAGGCUAUUCAAGAAAUCAUUGCCCCAGUCGUGGAACGUUCCAUCACCAUUGCCUCCAUCUCGACCAAAGAGCUUGUAGCGAAAGACUAUGCGCUUGAGCCUGACCCAGAGAAAUAUCGUAACGCCGCUAUUCAGAUGGUCAAGUCUCUGGCCGGCAGUCUUGCUCUCGUGACAUGCAAAGAACCACUUCGACUGAGCAUUUCGAAUUACAUACGUCGGCCUGUGCAGGAUGACCUCCCAGAGCAUCUGCUUCCAGAAGGCGCCAUCUUGAUGUGUGUUAAUGACAACUUGGAUGUUGCAUGCUCAUUCGUGGAGCAAGCUGCUGAACAACACGCCAUUCCUGAGAUCGAGCGCGCUAUUGAGGCCGAACUGGAAGAGCGGCGUCGGUUCAAAGCAGAAGGAGGGAAUAGAGAGUUCAUACCCACAGGUAUCAACCGCUGGUCUGCGUGGAUUCCAGAGCCCUACAAACAGACCGUUGGUGGCCUUAACGAAGCGCAGCGCGCUGUUUACGAGGAUUUUGACCGCCGAGUCCACGGAAUGAGUGCAAACAUGAGUGCAUUGAGUGCAAACCAAGCGCCUACCCCAGUCACCGAUGCUUCUGGACGCCAAAUUCCGGACAUCCUCCAAGAGCCUCUUACCAUGCCUAAUCUAUCAACUCCCGCUGACCAACCUUCACUGCCGCAUCAGAGCCCUUUGAUUCAGCAGGAAAACCGCAUGCUCGCAGCGAUGCAGCAACCCCGUGUCAAUGGAUUUGCCGACGCCCUCCCACCGCACGAGCGGAUUUCCAUUCUCAUCGAGGAUAUCCAAAAGGCGGCCAGAUCAUCGCAGGCUACUCGUCUCAAGGAGUUGGAGAAGAACAGUUCCAUUUUCCAGGAUUUUCGACAAAUCCUCAUUGUCCUCACCUCUUCAACCCGUCCUGCGGCUGACCUUUUGGCCAGGCAGAUCGCCGAGAAGAUCUGCAGCAUCUUUGUGUCGAAACCACCCCAAGGCUCGCUUGAAGCUGAAGUGCUAGCGUUUCUGCUUUCAAAACUCUGCCAAUUGUCGGAGCUUAUUGUGCGCGACGUAUUGCGGUGGAUGAGUGCCAACGAGGAUCUUUUGCUGGCCAACUCUAAUGUGGUGGUUGCCCUUGUCACUGUCGGCUUAAUGGAAUUUGCCAGGGUUGACGUGGCCAUUGCGUCCAUGUUGAUGAGCAGGAACACGCACGGACUACAAGUGCUUUCAGACAUGUUGGACCAGACACUGUUCACCAGCGAGCCAACCGCCCUUCGAGCUGAUUUCGCGAAUAGUCUGAUUGCUAUGUCCACGUGGAUGAAAGAGCAAGAAGACCUUCCCAUUGCAAACGAAAUCAGCCAGAAACUGAGUGCUCACGGCAUCCCGCAACUAGUCAGCGUGGAGCUAAACGACAAGGCCAAGGCCAAGCAGGAACAGUUGCGCUACAUCUUCGACGAAUGGGUGACCAUUUUCGAGAACAUUGGCGUAAAUGAAGGCACAUGUGCUGCAUUCCUUACGGAAUUGCACAAGGAUCAAAUUGUCAGCAACACUGAAGACCUGACUGAAUUCCUGCGUCUGUGCGUCGACGCUUGCAUUGAGUGCUAUGACCGCGAGGCGCAGAGUGUUCGUGGUAGCGUUGAUGUUGCCUUUUCUCAUGCAGACGCUCUCGCCCGUUUGGUGAUCAUGAUGGUCAAAUAUCACGGAGAUACCAACGGUGCUGUGCAGUUCAGCAAGGGCCCUUAUAUGGAGACUCUCCUUACGAUUCUCGUGCUGAUCUUGAACCAUCACCAAAAUAUGCGUGGGGUUGGUUUCCAUCAACGACUCUUCAACCGUCUUUUCGCAAAUAUGCUGUACGAAUAUUCGGCAGCUCGGCUGGAUGAGACUCCUGAGCACGCGGACUUGAUGCUUGCCUUCGCCCACUGCUUCAAAUCUCUGCAACCUUCAUGGUUUCCAAGCUUUACCUACGGGUGGUACAGUCUCAUCGUGCACCGUGUUUUCGUCUCCGGCAUGCUGAGACCAAACAAUCAUGCCGGAUGGGACGCUUAUCGGGAGCUCAUUGGUCUGAUGCUGCUUUACAUUUCAGAGUUGUCCAAGACUCCUGGCCUCGACCUCUUGAACCUUGACCUGUACAAGGGCACACUGAGGAACAUCUUGGUCUUGUUGCACGACUAUCCUGAGUUCCUCUGCGAAAACCAUACAUACUUCUGCUCCCGAAUCUCAUAUGAGAUUCCUCAACUCAGAAAUUUGAUCCUCACUGCUAAACCAUCAGCCUAUCACGAUCUGCCCGAUCCAAUGACACCCGGAUUGAAGAUUGAACGUCUAGAUGAGAUGAAGAGGCAUCCGAUACUGGCACACGAUUAUGAUGCACCCCUUCAACGUGAGCAGCUCAAAGAUAUCAUUACUGAGGUUCUUCGCAAGACUGUCGACGUUGAGGUGGGGUUGAAGAAAAUCACAACCGUCCUCCAGGGCGAAGAGCUUCCAUCCUCAGCGCUGGCCCCCGCCAAGAGUGUGGAAAUCAUCAACGCAUUGGUGCCGUAUGUGGGACAGGAUGCACUGAGCGGCUCGCCUGGGAGGUUUGAGCCCAACUCCAUGCCGGUCGUGUUCCUGUCGAGGCUCCUUGGUGCCUUCUCGUUUGAGAAUCGGUACAAGCUUCUCAAUGCCAUUGCCGAUCAGAUUCGCUACCCGAAUUCCCACACUGACUUCUUCUGCAAGCUGAUGCUUCAUUUAUGGGGCACUGGAAACGUGGAUGAGCAGCAGCGCGACUUUCGUGAACAAAUCUGUCGCGUGGUGUACGAAAGACUCUCUGUCGCUCGGCCUCACGUUUGGGGAAUGACCAUCCUCUUCAUUGAACUGCAGCAGAACGCGACCUACGGAUUCUGGGAUGCUGUGGCUCAGGAUGCAAACGUCCAGCAACGUCUUCAACAAGCCAUGAGAACUACUCAUUAG